CUCUACAACUCCUGAUGCAAACUUCCAGAUUCUUCUUUUAUAGUCUUUUGGAAGUUUCACCGUUUCUCCAAAAUUGAUUUCCUUUACCUUGAAGAAAGAAAUUGAUUUGGUUUUUUCUUUCCAAUUCAAAUACUUCUGACCCAUUUCUUCCAAGAACCUUAUUUUUUGUAAAUUCUGGGUUGGAAUGUAAAGUCCCCAAUCACCAUACAUUCAAAAAUCAUGUCUUGGUAUAAAAGAUCAAAGUUUGUAAAUGAUGCUUUCAAAAGAUUUAGUUUCAAGGUAUUGACAAAAAAUCCACCUCAAUCCCCAAUCCCAAGAAUCAAUUCCAAUGCAAAUUCAUUGUUUCAUAAUCAAUUUAAAUCUUCUGGGUUAAUUGGGUCUCCUUCAAGUACUUCAAAAUUUAGGUAUUUUAAAGGGUUUGAAAAGAAUCAAAGUAAUCUGUUCUCUGGUAAUUUUAGGAGAAAUUACUAUGUUGAUAGAAAUCAAAUUUAUCAUUUUAAACCAAGAGGUUAUAAAUCAUGGUUUCAGAAUCCUAGAAUUGUAUUAAUUACUGUUGUGAUUGGUUCUGGUGUUGUAAUUACAGUUUAUUUUGGCAAUUCUGAGAUUGUACCCUAUACAAAAAGGAAACAUGUUGUGCUUUUGUCAAGAACCCUAGAAAGACAACUCGGGGAGUCUGAAUUUAACCAAUUAAAGAAAGAAUAUAAGGGGAAAAUAUUGCCUGCGAUACACCCGGAUAGUGUUAGGGUUAGGUUGAUAUCUAGAGAUAUAAUUGAAGGAUUGAAAAGAGGGAUAAGUCAUGAACAAGUGUGGAGUGAUCCCAGUUAUACCUCAGAAAGUUUUGAGAAUCAUGGGGUUGAAGGGCAUCAAACAUUGAAGAGUUUAACUGAAGAGAAGGAAGAGAAACUCGUGGACGAUUGGCGGAAGGAGGAGGAGAUUCUUGAUGAUACUUGGAUGAAAACUAGUAGGAAACAUGGGGAGCAGCAUGGAACUAAGGCAAGUACUGAACAUUUAGAAGGGAUGAAUUGGGAAGUGUUGGUAGUCAAUGAGCCUAUGGUUAAUGCAUUUUGUUUGCCUGGUGGGAAGAUUGUUGUUUUCACUGGGUUGUUAAAUCAUUUUAAAACUGAUGCUGAAUUGGCUACAGUUAUAGGGCAUGAGGUUGGGCAUGCCAUUGCUCGACAUUCUGCGGAACAGAUUACAAAGAACUUGUGGUUUGCAAUCUUGCAACUUAUCCUAGUCCAAUUCAUUGCACCUGAUUUCGCCAACGCAAUGUCGAGUCUUCUUUUAAGGCUUCCAUUCUCUCGAAAAAUGGAAAUAGAAGCGGAUUACAUUGGGUUACUUCUGAUGGCGUCUGCUGGCUAUGACCCACGCGUUGCACCCCGUGUAUAUGAGAAGCUAGGAAUGAUUUGUGGUGAAUCAUCAAUGAGGGACUAUCUUUCAACUCAUCCAUCUGGGAAAAAACGAGCUCAGUUGUUAGCUCAAGCUCAUAUUAUGGAGGAAGCCAUUAAUAUGUACCGUGAAGUUAUGGCUGGACGUGCAAUUGAAGGUUUUCUGUAGCCAACAUCAUUUCUUUCCAUCUACAACAUCCUGUGAGAUUGUUCGAGUUUAAAAUCCUAAAAAGAUGGUUUUGUAAAACCUGCAAUGUUCAUGAACAAAUAGGUAAUGGUGUUCCCAGUUUUAUGUACUUGUAAGACUAAUUUUGCAUCAUGUGUCAUGUUUAAGGUGUAUUUGAAAUUCGAAUGCAAGAAAAAGUAACAUUCAAUAGUUUAUAACUUAGGGACGGUUUUGAAAGUGAACAAAGGUAAUUAAAAGUACUACAUUCAAGAA